CCCCAGCCUCCGUACUCCCUCCCACGCCUUACUCUGUCCUCAGGCUCACCUGAGACCGACAAAACAACUCAACUCCUCCUCCUCCUCCUCUUCCACCUCAACCACACGCACACUCACUCACAGACUCACACACAAACUGUUCCCACGCUGUGUAUUUCACCUGGGGAGGCAGGCAUGGACAACACCAGCGUCUCUCAUUCGGCGACUCUACCUCGCCUCUGACGCCGCUGCUCUCCGGUGAAGACAGAGAACCCGGAGCCGUUGUCACGUGCAAGAAGGACGGACAUCAGAAGGAGAAGAAGAAGAAGAAGAAGGAGGGCAAAUCUCCUCACCAUAGCAGAGGAGAACUAGGGACCCUGUGCCUUUCCGACCGUGGAAGAGUGGAGGCAGCACGCAUCAUGAUUUUGGGAGGUAUAAACCGUGUGGGCGCAGCAGUGCCGGCGUUUUUGCGGACCCCCACGGUGAUACAGCCCCACCUGGAUAUGAAGCCCUUUCUACAGUUCUCCAUGGAGACCGCCCCCCCUCAACACAGCAUGGGUCUGUUUCACAACUUCAACACUAUGGACCCUGUGCAGAAAGCAGUGUUAAAUCACACCUUUGGCGUUCCGCUGGUGAAGACCAAGCGGCCGAUCAUCUCCUGCAACGUCUGCCAGAUCCGCUUCAACUCUGAGAGCCAGGCAGAAGCCCACUACAAAGGGAACCGCCACGCAAGGAGGGUCAAAGGCAUCGAGACGUCCAAGAGCCGGCCCCAGGAGGGGGACAAGCCCCUGACAGCCCCCCCUAUCUCCCCCCCGCCCGGAGGGCCCUUGGGCGGCUCCUGUGACAGCGAACCCAUCCCAGCAGAUGAGUUGGGACCCCUGGCACCAUUAGACCUCCUGGCUCCCGGGCCGCUCCCUCCACUCAACACUCCCCCCACCCCCCCCAUGGACUCCCCCAUCACCGCCCUGUGCCCUCUGCUACACACCCCCCUCCCACCCCUAGUACCCCAGUCCCCCUCCUCCCCGGGAUGCAUCAGCACCAACGGCGGUGGGGUUCCUGAGCAGGGGACCGGGUCAGGGUCCCUGGGGGCCGCCGCUUCCGUCCCGGCCUCCAGCAGCCCGGACACCGAGGAGGACAAGGCCAAGAAGCUGCUAUACUGCGCGCUGUGCAAGGUGGCCGUCAACUCCCUGUCCCAGCUGGAGGCGCAUAAUAAAGGAACCAAACACAAAACCAUCCUGGAGGCACGCAGCGGCCUGGGCCCCAUCAAAGCAUAUCCCCGCCUUGGCCCCGGGCCCAGUGGAGAGCAGGGCGGGGGGCCGCAGGACCCCAACACUCAGGAACGCACCUUCCACUGUGAGAUCUGCAACGUACGGGUCAACUCUGAACUACAGCUCAAACAGCACAUAUCAAGUCGUAGGCACCGGGACGGCGUGGCCGGCAAGCCCAACCCUCUCCUCAGCCGACACAAGAAGCACAGGGGAGCUGACCUCACGUCUUCUCUGACCUUCACUAAGGAUCUCACCAAAGCUCUGGGGGCUGGGCUCCUGCCCAACCCUUUGGCGGUUGCCGCGGCGAUGGCAGCAGCAGCCUCGUCAAACUCCCUGGCCCUGCGUGCGGCCGCGCCCCACCACCACCUGCACCACCACCCGCACCACCACCCGCACCACCACCUCCUGCAGGGCCCGCACCUCAGCCACGCCCUCCUGAGGGCCGCCCCGGGCCCCAUCCGCACCGCGCACGGGCCCAUCCUCUUCUCGCCAUACUGACAACCCCCCCCCCCCACCCCCCCCUUUCCCCUCCCCCCCGCCUUCCAUCUCCACCAACAACCCUUGACCCCCACCCACAACUACCACCAUCCUCAGCGCGGCGCCCUGGACCGCUCCUCGUCCACACGGCCAUCGGAGACGACCGCCGCUCCCGAAGCACACUGUGAAGAAACGUACGCCCAAAGGCUGGUGGAGGAGGAGGGGGAGGUGGGCGUGGCAGUGGGGGAAGGGUGGGGGGGAGUAAACGGGGGGGCACUCGGCCACCCUAGGUAUUAUCGUAUCGGUGGAAAAUAGGAGAAGGAACUAUCCCCCCCCCCCCCCCCCCCCCCCCCCCCCCCCCCCCCCCCCCCCCCCCGCUCUAUUACUGAGAGCUCUCCCUCACAUUGCAGAGACCUCCAGAUGACAGAUGAAUAGAGACUGAUUGGAGGAGAGAUUAGUCAUUACGCAUUCAUUGCAAUCAUAUCCCCUCCCUCCCUCGCAGCCCUGCUCUGCGAUGCGGUCGACCGCAACAGGAGGAGAUUAACCCCCGUUGCGUAAACAAAUCUUUCUACAAAUAAACACAACCAAAAAAGAAAAACAUCCCAACCUAAUGUUAAAAUCACUGAUGCCUGCCGAUAGGGCGAUGCUGUAAUCCCCACCACCCUUGCCUUGCUCUAACAUCUCAAUGUUUUCCCCUGACGCUAGCUCCUCUAGCAGCUAAGACGAUAAUGUUAUUAGGAUUUAGCGCUUCCUUCGAUCCUCGCAAGUUGUAAACUAACACUAUGCCGGCCCGCGGGCUUGAGCUGCAUCGCGCUGCGCCCAGGGUCAGCAUGCUGUGUGGCAUUAGGUCUAGGCUAGAUGCAACGUGACACUGGCUGUCACGUAGGGCCGUAGGUAGAGAGAGAGGAGCGGGGGUGGAGCACAUCCCUGUCAUUUCCCGGCUAAGGUGAGAUGUGGUGCUGACGAGGGUCAGAUGAUGGAUUGGCCCAAGGCGAGACGCAGACACAGACACACACAAACACACACGAGCAAAACCACAUACACACAGACACACAAAAGCCCCACGUAUUUGUGUCUUGAAAUAGACUGUACUGACAAGAGACUGCUGGAAGGGCACAUCUGUCAGGCCCCGUUAGAAUCAGAGGAGACAGGGAAUAGAGGAACAGAACCAGCAACAUUAAUGCAUGUUGUACUGUCUACAUACUACUGUACCUGAGUGACUGUAUGGCUCUGUGCUCCUGUUGUCGUCCAAACUUAAGUGUGAAGUAUUGCGUCAAGUAAUAGGAGUGCAGGAAGAGGAUGACCCUGUGGUACGGCUACAUCUCUCUGUCUCUCUCUCACUGAGGCUCUCUCUCUCUCUCUUCUGCUCUCUCUCUCUCUCUCUCUCUCUCUCUCUCUCUCUCUCUCUCUCUCUCUCUCUCUCCCGCUCUCUUUGCCAACUCCCCGCCCCCACAUCAAACUCUGGUAGUGUCAGGUCAAUCCAUGUCUCCACCAACGCCCUCCCCCGCCCUCCUGCGCAUCCACCGUGGGAUUGUGUACAACCCCAGGGGCCAAUCAUAUCGGAGGCAGUUUAACACAACAGGAAGAGCCGAGAGGCUGUUUAAAACAACUAAAUGUACAUUUAGAUCAACGUACAGAGACCUGUAUGGUAGCUGCUUCUAUCUGCCCUUCGUCUUGGUUUUCUUUUUUUGUGCUUCCAACAGAGAGGAGAGAGAGAGAGAGAGAGAGAGAGAGAGAGAGAGAGAGAGAGAGAGAGAGAGAGAGAGAGAGAGAGAGAGAGAGAGAGAGAGAGAGAGAGAGAGAGAGAGAGAGAGGGGGGGAAGGAGGUAUGGGGGGGAGCUGGAGGUGUUUUGGGUGUUGAAUGAAUGGGAAUGACGGGCUAACCAGGCAGCCCAGCGAGGCUAAACAGGGAGAGGAGGUUGAACUACAGCCCGGGGCUAGCUCACGAUACCGUCUGUCUUAUAACUGAAAGCCAUGAAAUACAUUAUCUAUUUAAUAUCUUGUAUCUUUAUUUAUUAAUAAAUUAGAUCUACGAUUCCACCCUUUUCUACUUUGUUGGGUUGAAUUAAUUCAGGACAUGCGGAUAUAAGCAACACACACUGACAUAUCAUGUAUAAUAUCACUAUAUCACAAAUAUAGAAACUGUGCACCUCAUCGGAAAUGAACAAAAUAUUUUUCUAGGUUGAAAAUGUUAGCUU